AUGGCAUGGUGUGACCGAGGGGUUCAGACUUUGCUGGCCAUCGUGGGGGCCUUUGCCGCCUUCAGUCUCAUGACUAUCGCCAUCGGCACCGACUACUGGCUUUACUCCCGGGCGUACAUCUGCAACACCACUAACGCCACGACGGACGAGUCCCAGAUGCAAACCAAGAAAGUCAAAGGCGACCUGACGCACUCCGGACUGUGGAGGAUCUGUUGUAUCGAAGGUAUCAACAAAGGAAGCUGUUUUCGGAUCAAUCAUUUUCCAGAGGAUAACGACUACGACACAGACAGCUCAGAGUACAUCUUACGUAUAGUGCGUGCAUCGAGCCUGUUCCCUAUCCUCAGCAACAUUCUGCUGAUGUUGGGUGGCCUGUGUGUCGGGGUUGGACGCAUCUACAACAACAGGAACAACAUCCUGCUCAGCGCCGGCAUCCUGUUUGUGGCUGCAGGCCUGAGCAACAUCAUCGGCAUCAUCGUCUACAUCUCCAGUAACGCUGGAGACCCCAGCGACAAGAAAGACGAGGACAAGAAGAACCACUACAACUAUGGCUGGUCGUUUUACUUUGGCGCCCUCUCCUUCAUCGUGGCCGAAGCCGUGGGUGUCCUCGCAGUCAACAUAUAUAUUGAAAAAAACAAAGAGACACGCUUCCGAGCCCGACGUGACUUCAUCAAGACAACCUCUUCUUCUUCACCAUACUCUCGCAUCCCAAGUUACCGCUAUAGACGAAGACGCUCACGCUCCAGUUCAAGGUCCAGUGACCCAUCCCGUGAGCCCUCUCCAGUAGGUAUGAAGAUCGGUGGAGGAAGUGGUGGAGGAGGAGGAGCGUUGGGGAUGGGUUUGCCAAUGGGAGAUAUAUCUCUGUACGCCCUCAGUAGGGACCCUCUAAAGGGGGGAAGCGCAACUGCAGGGCCCUACAGUCCAGAGAGGGACUCUGGGUUCUUACAAGUCCACAACUGCUUCCAGAAGGAUCUGAAAGAUGGAAUGAACAGGAGGACCACGCCGGUAUGA